UCGGGGUCCCCGGAACAGGCGGCGCCCAUGGACUCUAGCGAGACGUCAAGCUGGCUGCCCGGCAUGCUUGCGCUUCAGGAGUUGCGCAACUGGCGGCCAUCGGCGAAGGGCGGCACGCCGGUCACCAACGAAGAGAUGGUGGUGGCCCAGGGCCGCUACCAGCGCUCGGUGACCGCCGCCUGCCUCGGCUCGUGCGCGCUAGGAACCACGCUAGGCUACGCGUCGUCGGCGCUGCCGUCCAUCAGCAAGGAGCCCUGGUACAGCGUCCACGCCAGCCGCUGGUUCCUUGACGGCCCGCUGCUCGUCGCCGCGCUCGGAGCCCUCGCGUCGGGCUUCCUGGUGAGCCAGCUGGGCAACCGGCGCACCCUGCUGGUCUCAGCCGUGGGCUUCGCGGGCGGUGCGCUCAUCGUCAACCUGGCCACCAACAUGUACACACUAUUCCUGGGCAGGGCUGUGGGCGGCUUCUACCUGGGCGUCACGUACAACUGCGCCACCACCUACGUGGCCGAGAUCGCCCCGGCCGACAAGAGGACCUGCCUGGCCGGCUUCGUCGAGGUUGCCUCGGGCGGCGGCCUCCUGCUGGCCUACUCGGCGGGCAGCUACCUGGACUGGGAGCACCUGGCCAGCUUGUGCGCGUUGCCUCCGCUGCUGCUCGUCUACCUGUCUAGCUACGUGCUGGAGAGUCCCUACUGGCUGCUUCGAAGGGGUAGGCAGCGCGAGGCCGGCAUCGCCGCCAACAGGCUGUACGGUUUCCAGAUCCCCACCGAGAUCAAGCACCUGUGCAUCGACGGGUCCCUCGGGGUGAUCAGUGGCGGGCACCAAGGCUGGCACGCCAGGAAGAUCGCCGUCUGCGUGUCGCUCCAAGCGCUGCACAACCUGUCGUGCGCGCAGCUGCUGCUGCUGCGCAACGUGCAGGUGCUGGCCCCGCUGGCCUCGGACUUUUCGCCGCACAUGGGCGCCAUCGGCAUGGCCUCGCUGCACCUGGGCGUCUCAUCGGUGGCUGCCGGCCUGACGCGGCAGCUAGGCAGGCGACCGCUGCUGCUCGUGUCCGCCUUCGUGGUAGCCUUCAGCUUGAGCGUCUUCAAGCCCCUGGACCAGGGGGUGCCCGAGGCGUGGCCGCCCGAGCCGGGCUCCGAGCCGAGCUCCAAGCCGGGCUCGGAGCACGGCUCCGAGAAGGCCGCCCUGGUGGCGCUCUGCUCGCUCGUGGUGGGCCACUCGCUGGGCCUGGGCCACGUGCCCUCCCUGGUCAUGGGCGAGCUGGUACCCGGCCGGAUGCGCUACUCGUGCUCGGCCUGCGUGUCCGCCUUUCGCUGGCUGCUGGGCUUCCUCAUCCUUCACUUCGACGUGCACUUCGUGAGCCUCGUCCGCUACAGGAACUCCUUCCUGGCCCUCAGCCUGGCCGCCUUCCUGCUUGCCUGCGCCGUGGCCGUCUACCUACCAGAGACUGAGGGCCGCUCCCUGGCCGACAUCGAGAAGGACGACUGAGGCGUCCUUCCCGAACCCCUUCGGCAGACGCUCCUAUUAUCCCCGCUUCGUGCUAGAUUUUUGUGGGCAACAAAUGGGAACACCGCGGUGCAAAAAUGAUAUACUUCAUCCACGCUGGCU